ACCUGCUUGGCUCAGAACUGUAGUGGCUAUGAGCAGAGACAUACAACCGACUGAUUACACCUAAGAACAGAUCAAAUACAGAUAAAAUGGAGGGAAGCGCUCUGCGUACCGUGAGAAUUGAGUGCGUGCUGAAAUUCCUCCAAGAAGCUAUAGAGAUCGUUAAGAUCUCGGUGCUGUUGCCCAAGCUGUUUGCGGAUCCGCCAAACCUGCGGCGGGUGCUCGAGGGCACCUCUUACGAGGAGAUCCUGAAGCCAGUUGAGGAUCUGUUGGAGAGUCAUAUGACCCAAAGCGCUUCAGAGCCCACCUUUCCCAUCGACCACCAAACGAUCAGGAUACUCGAUUACUUCCAGAAGAACUACCAGAUCUACAAGUUCUUCCCCCAAUUAAUGCGCAACCUGAGCGACAAGGACCGCACCCUUAUAGCCUCGUUAGCACUCCUCUUGGACAUUGCCAAAGAGCAUUUGUACCGAUCAUCCAAGAGCGAGAUCAGCAAGGAGCGGAUGCUCCAUCAGAUGUACCACAAGAACGAGGACAUCCGGAAGAGGCUCCACAACGUACGACGGGAUCUAACCAAGCGCCGCGUUAUGGAGAAAUGGAGGAUGGCGGCCACAGCAAUCUAUCUGGUAAAGAUCGAGAACGACCUGGCCUACAAGAAGUGGCAGAACAAUGUCCGCAUUCAGAAUGAGAUAACAAAAUGCAGCCGCGCCAUGCGCACAAACCACAGGAACAGCUUGGAGAAACAAAAGGAGCUGGAGGAGCAGCUGCAGAUUGCCAGGGAGGCCUACGCAAAGCUCACUCAAAAGCAUCUGCUUGAAGAGCAGGACGCUCGCAAUGAAAAGAACAAGCUGCUGUUGCAGCUUCAGAGCCUGGUGAAGAAGUACGACGCGAACAUGGGGGAUGUCAUUCGGGAGAAUCUGGUGCUCCAGGACCAGUAUAUGGUGGCAAAGAAGGAGCUCGAUAAAUUCAUGGUCGUGUAUCGGCGCGAGGAGGCAGUAUACAAUGACAUCGUUGUGCGGCGGGAGCAGGAGGAGCGCCGACGCCAACAGCAGCGCCUCGUCGUCUUCAUGAUGAAUCGGGCGGCCUCGAAGAUACAGAAAUACUGGCGGAAGUGGCGCAAAGAUCAGCGCAAGAAGAACAAGCGCCUAAAGAAGGCCAAAAAGGGCAAGGGCUAGGGAAAUAAAUAUAUAUUUUUUGUUCAUUAGUUUCGUUAGUUAUAAAAUUUAUUCUCCGAAAAUAAACGGGAAAAAGUU